AUGGACUCUGAUUGGCGCGAGUGCACGAACAUCGAUCAGCAUUUGCACGUAAUGAAGACGAAAGCUAGCCUCUCGCAUUUUUGCACGAAAGCUUUCAUAAGUUUCUACGUGUUCGCCGGGGAGCUUUACCUCAUGGGCACUUACACGCUUGGUAUCGUACAACAGACUGAGGGCGAUAAUGAUACAUUACGACCGUUUCCCAUGAAGUUACUGUUUCCUUCUGAGGUCGAGCAAUCACCGAUUUACGAACUACUCGUCGUCGCCUUGUUUCUGCAUGCCAUGUUAAACAUAUACACGGCUUCUACUGUGAACGCUCUAAUCUUUUCUCUGUCAAUUCAUAAUGAAUCUGGUGUCAGCCUGAUAAAAUCCGCACUUGGUUACGUUGGGAUAAUGGUGGAAAUCUUGAUCAUUUGCAGUGCUGGGGAAUAUCUUAGUCUUAAGAACAAAUCACUCGCUGAUGCAGUAUACGAAUCUUUAUGGUACAACAUGUCGUCUAAACAGGGCAAAGAUAUAUUAUUCGUAAUUAUGAGAUCUCAGAAACAACUGAUUAUCACGACGGGUGGAAUGACGAAUUUAUCGUUGGAAGCCUUCCCAAUUUAUCAGUACUUAUUCGCGCAUUGCAAACUCGACGAGCUGCAAAAUCUUGUGGACAGCUUACUGACAACUCUAGAUUACAGUUUGGGGAUCGUCAAGCUGAUGACGAAUUUGGACGAACCUUCGGUAAGAUAUCGCGUCAGACAACGUAAUUUUGAGUUUCUACAAUUACUUUCAGCAUUAGAGGAUUGGGGAGCUGAGUCCAUCUUCAAUAUUAUAAUUUCGCAUAAAGAUUAUAACACCACCAACGGAACAAAAUACCUUCAUUCGAUUAAGGUGAUACAUUACAAUGUGAUUCACGAAAUACUGGCCACUAUCAACACUAAUUGGCGAAAGUGCGCAAACAUCGAUCAACAUUUACAUUUAAUGAUGACGAAAGCAAGAUUGUGCUAUGCCAUCGGCAAUAUUGUGCUUGAAAUUGUAUAUCAGACAGAAAGUGGUAAUGAUACCUUACGACCGUUACCCAUGAAAGUACUGCUUCCCUUUGACACUGAGCAAUCGCCGAUUUAUGAGUUGCUCGUCGUCGUCUUGAUUGUGCAUGCGAUGUUACAUGUAUACUCGGCUACUGUUAUAAACAUUCUGCAAGUUACUCUGUGGGUACCGCAUUUGCUAUCAUUUGCCAUAAUGAUAGAAAUAUUUAUCUUUUGUUUUUCUGGAGAAUACCUUGGUCUUAAGAGUAAAUUAAUCGCCGAUGCAGUGUACAGUUCUUUAUGGUACAACAUGUCGCCAAAUCAGAAUAAAAAUUUGUUGCUCGUAAUUAUGAGAUCUCAGAAACAACUUAGUAUUACGGCUGGAGGAAUCAUGAAUUUAUCAUUAGAAGCUUUCACAAGUGUCAUGAAAGCGUCAGCAUCAUAUGUUUCUGUCUUGAAUGCGAUAUAUUGA